AUGAUGACAGCGCGUAGGGAGCUCGAACGGUUCGUGCACUACAACGACCGAUUUACGAACCACGAGAAGAGCGAGGCGAUUUGCAUCCAGCUCCGCAACGACGCAAUUGCAGAAGUCGCCUGGCUGCAGGACAUGACGGUAGUGGACUUCCACAACGUCCAGACAGCGCUUGAGCUAUUGAUCGAGUGCCGACGCACCCUCAAGUACACGUACGUGUUUGGUUACUACAUGGCCGAGAACGGAUGCCGCGACGAGGAGAAGGCGCUGUUUGAGUUUUUGCAGGCAAACUUGGAAGCCAACACGGAGAUCUUGACUGGGCUCACGGAAACCCCCUUGGACAAGAUGAACAUCCAGCAAGUGGUCAAUUUCACGGCCGUCACCCACAAGUUUCUCCGCAGAUUCCUCGAUGGCGUCGACGAUGGCUUCUGCAGUUAG